AUGGUCAGUCAACGAAACCGGAGUCUCUUCCAAGCGCUGCUCCUUUUAAUAGCACUCACUCCCUCUUCGGCCGAACUACAAAAGGUUGUCGCUUUCGAAAAUGCCUUUGAUCGAAUAUUUUCAUUAAUUCAAAAUGAGGGUUCGUUGACUCACGGCUCAGCUCUCGUGGAAGACUGCCUCUCACUUCUGGGAAACCUCUUGGCGCUAAAUGUCUCAAAUCAAUCAUAUUUUCGCGAGACUGGGUGCAUUAAAAGGUUAGCAUCACUCUUAGCCGAUGCUGCUGAGGGACAGGAGUCAGGAGAAGCUAUCCCGGAAUGGACUUUGGAACAACGAGAUAAGAAUCUGUGGGGUACUUUGGCGAUCAUUCAGCUUUUUCUUGUGAAAGGGGGAAUGAGCACCCCUACCAACCAAAUGGCAUUUUGGCAACAUGACGUUUUGCAACAAGUGCUCCGGAUUGCAUUUGGUGAGGAGUUCAAUAUUCCAAUCAAAGCCAAAGUCCGUGUCCCCUAUUUUGCAUUGUCAACAUGUGCUGGUUUAAUUAGCGGCAACCCCACAUUGCAGGAGAAAUUCGCUGAUUUGGACGUUGCUGUACAUCAUGCUGAAAAACAAACGUUGAAUGGGAGUGUCCAUGCUAAUGCGCCGACACAGAAGCUCAAUGUCAUUGAAGCUCUUCUUAGAUUAACACUUUUGCCUGCCCCAGCUCAACUUUUGGACGCCAGACUUGCAGCUUGCGAAUGCAUUCGAGCUUUCACAGAAAACCACAGGGGAAUCAAAGUACAUUUCCUCCGCAGGGCAAUUGACGGCCAUACGAGCGGCGAGGAUCAAAUUCCGAACAUACUUACCAUUCUUGUGAGUCCACCGGAAAGCAGAGGGAUUGUUGACCCCUAUCAAAGCUGGCUAGCAUGUGUUUUACUAUUUCAUCUAAUACACGAUGACCCGGAGACAAAAGGUCUCGCAAUGAAAGUCUGUGAGGGCGAUGAGUUGAACGGAGAGGAAGUGAUUACUUGUAUCCAGGCAAUAACUGGAAAUUUUCUCUCCGGAAUACAACGAAACGACGACAAGAGAAUCUCAGUUGGCUACUUGAUGCUCCUUUGUGGCUGGCUUUUUGAAGACCCUGAUGUUGUGAACGAUUUUCUAGGUGAAGGAAGUAGUAUUCAGAGCCUCAUCCAAGAGACUAAACAAUGCGUUUCAUCGAAAACUCUACUCCCAGGACUCUGCGCUGCCCUGCUCGGGAUAAUAUAUGAGUUCUCCUCUAAGGAUUCUCCUAUUCCAAGGGCAACAUUGCACCAACUACUGAUGGGGCGACUUGGGAGGGAAGUAUAUAUUGAUAGGAUUACAAAACUUCGAGAGCACCCAUUGGUCCGAGAUUUCGAGGUGAUACCCCAAACCUCCCACGGCCAUCACGACGGUGGCUUCCCAAAAAUUUUCUUUGACAGGCUCUUUAUCGACUUUCUGAAAGACAAUUUUAGCCGCCUCAUUAGGGCAAUCGAUCGUGAGCCAGGGAUCGAAGUCCCAGUUAUAGCAAACGGUAUUCCAAAAGGUAUCUCACGGGAGCUCGUGGAUUCUCUUCAGACACAGGUCGAAGAUAAGACUCAGACCAUCCAAACAAUGGAGACUGAACUGCUGUCUCUAAAACGGAAACUGGAACAGGAAGAGCUUGAUCACCGGAGAACCAAGGAAGUCUGCGAAGUUGAGCUUAGCCGAAUUAAACACGUCAAUGAUAUGCACCAAAUGACCCAUGCCGAAGAGAUCCAGAGGUUAGAAGAAAAUCAUGAGCGUCUCCAAACCGACUUGGCCAAGAAGCACGCCAAGCUGUUAGCUACAAUGGUCCAACAUAAGCAAACUUCGUCUUACGCAGAAGAACUAUGCGAGCGUUAUGACGCGGAGGACGCUGCAAGCGAGCAGAAGAGCGAGAGGAAGAAAGUCGCGAACGCGCCACCAAACAUGAAACUGGCCUAA